ACACAGACAGUGAGUUUCAUGGGGUGGAAUUUCUGCCAGAAGAUCUCAGCGAGGCUCCAAACAAGACCGGAAUGAGGGUGAACGAAAAAUAUUCCUGUCUACCCACUGAGGAGAAGGGGAUCCACAUUAUCAACAUCCGAGCUAUUGAGGAUAUCGGAUAUGUCCAGCAUGAAAGUACAUUAUUAAAUUCUCUAUCCAGAAAUCCAGAUGCGGACUGCAAAUAUGGACUCUACUUUAGAGAUGGCAAGAGAAAAGUGGAUUACAUCCUAGUUUAUCAUUACAAGAAGUCUUCGGCAGGGAGGACGCUCACAAGGCGAAUUCAUCACAAUGAUUCAAGUGCCCGAGGCACCAAGCAGGAUCAGCCGCUUCCUGGGAAAGGAGUGCAUCUGGAGAUGGUGGAAAAUGAGCCUCACGUGGACUACCACGAGGACGACAAGAGGUUUCGCCGGGAGGAGUACGAAGGAAACCUCAUGGAGGCUGGUCUGGAACUGGAACGAGAUGAGGAUACUAAAAUCCAUGGGGUUGGAUUUGUAAAAAUACAUGCACCGUGGAAUGUGUUGUGUCGAGAGGCAGAAUUUCUUAAGCUCAAGAUGCCUACAAAAAAGAUGUAUGAGAUCAACCAGACCCAUGGUCUUCUGAAGAAGAUUAAUUCUGUAAUUCAAAAAAUAACAGAACCCAUCCAACCAAAAGUAGCAGAACACAAACCGCAGACAAUGAAACGCCUCUCCUACCCGUUCUCCAGAGAGAAACAACACUUAUUUGAUUUGUCUGACAGAGAUUCCUUCUUUGACAGCAAAACUAGAAGCACUAUAGUUUAUGAAAUACUGAAAAGAACAACAUGUACCAAAGCAAAAUAUAGCAUGGGGAAAGGAGAGGGAAGAAAGAAGGAAACUACACUUUUAAAUAAAAGACGAAAAUGUGGUAAAUAUGGGAUCACCAGCCUGCUUGCCAAUGGAGUUUACAGUGCUGCAUAUCCUUUGCAUGAUGGUGACUAUGAAGGUGAAAACGUUGAACCUAAUGACAGAAAACUCCUGUGUGAGGAGUGGGCAAGCUAUGGAGUCUUUUAUAAGUAUCAGCCUAUUGACCUGGUGAGAAAAUACUUUGGAGAGAAGAUUGGACUAUAUUUUGCCUGGCUGGGAGUUUAUACGCAAAUGCUUAUUCCAGCUUCAAUUGUAGGGAUUAUCGUUUUUCUUUAUGGCUGUGCAACUGUGGAUGAGAAUAUUCCAAGUAUGGAAAUGUGUGACCAGAGGAACAAUAUCACCAUGUGUCCCUUAUGUGACAGAACAUGCAGUUACUGGAAAAUGAGCUCUGCUUGUGCAACUGCUCGUGCAAGUCAUCUGUUUGAUAACCCUGCAACUGUCUUCUUCUCUGUCUUCAUGGCUCUCUGGGCUGCUACGUUUAUGGAACACUGGAAGAGAAAACAGAUGCGUCUCAACUACAGGUGGGACCUGACUGGGUUUGAAGAGGAGGAGGAGGCAGUCAAGGAUCAUCCCAGAGCAGAAUAUGAAGCUAAAGUUUUAGAAAAAUCACUGAGAAGAGAAUACAAACAUAAAGAGAAGCACCAAUAUUUUCCAGAAGAGACAGCAAACAAAUGGAGACAAACAGUUAAGACAGUCAUGACUGGGGUGAAAUUGACAGAUAAAGAAAAACUGACGUGGAAAGAUCGUUUUCCAGCCUAUCUCACCAAUUUUGUUGGCAUUAUCUUCAUGGUUGGGCUGACAUUUGCUAUCGUGUUUGGAGUCAUAAUAUACAGAAUCUCAACAGCAGCAGCUUUAGCAAUCAGUUCGACUCCAUCCGGCCGGUCAAGCGUUAGGGUCACUGUCACUGCCACUGCCGUCAUUAUCAAUCUGGUCGUCAUCAUCAUCCUGGAUGAAGUAUAUGGCUGCAUAGCAAGGUGGCUAACUCAGAUCGAGGUUCCAAAAACUGACAAGAAUUUCGCAGAGCGUCAGCCCAUUUUCUAUGUCGCUUUCUUCAAAGGCCGGUUUGUUGGUCGUCCAGGAGACUACGUCUACAUUUUCCAUUCUUUCCGCAUGGAAGAGUGCGCUCCUGGCGGCUGCCUAAUGGAGUUGUGUAUCCAGCUCAGUAUCAUCAUGUUGGGCAAACAGCUGAUUCAGAACAAUUUAUUUGAGAUUGGCAUCCCAAAAAUGAAGAAAUUCAUAAGAUACAUGAAAUUAAAGCGUCGACGUUCUUUAGACCAUGAAGAGCACAUGAAAAAAAAGCAGCGUUAUGAAGUGGACUAUAACCUGGAGCCUUUUGCUGGACUUACCCCUGAAUAUAUGGAAAUGAUUAUUCAGUUUGGAUUUGUAACUUUGUUUGUUGCAUCCUUCCCACUGGCUCCAUUGUUUGCUUUGUUGAACAACAUCAUUGAAAUCCGUCUAGAUGCAAAAAAAUUUGUUACUGAGCUGAGGAGACCGGUAGCAGUCAGAGCAAAGGAUAUAGGAAUCUGGUAUAAUAUCCUCAGAGGUAUAGGAAAGCUUGCUGUCAUAAUAAAUGCAUUUGUGAUCUCAUUCACAUCUGACUUCAUUCCACGCCUCGUGUACCUGUACAUGUACAGUGAGAAUGGCACCAUGCAUGGCUUCGUGAACCAUACACUAUCCUCUUUUAAUGUCAGCGAUUUUCAAGCAGGAACAGCUCCAAACGACCCUAUGGAUCUUGGCUAUGAGGUCCAGAUAUGCAGAUACAAAGAUUAUCGAGAACCUCCUUGGUCUGAAAACAAGUACGACAUUUCAAAAGAUUUCUGGGCUGUCUUAGCAGCAAGAUUAGCAUUUGUGAUAGUUUUCCAGAACUUGGUCAUGUUUAUGAGUGACUUUGUUGACUGGAUUAUCCCAGACAUUCCCAAGGACAUUAGUCAGCAGAUUCAUAAAGAGAAAGUUCUCAUGGUGGAGGUCUUCAUGAGAGAAGAACAAGGAAAGCUGCAAAUGCUAGAAACCUGGAAAGAUAAGGACAUGCAAAAAGGUGAAAACUGUAACAGUCACAGUCCCAAACUCUCCAGGAGCCACAGUGGGAGCUUGUCCUCCUGCCAUUCAUAUCCCGUUGACGUAUAGAAGAGAAGGGAGUUGAGCAUAUCGGGGCAUUCCACUGAUGAACAAGCCAUCACGAAAAGGGCAGGACUUGAUUAAUAAUGGACAACCUGGUGCAUGUUUAAGGAUGUGCUGCCAUUUUGCGCCCAUCUUUGUGAGAAAUGCUCUUCUUACAAAUAUGGAGGACCACGUUCUAUUUCUGAUCUUUUUUUUUUUUCCUUUUGCACAAGCAGUAAUGCAGGGAAUUUUUAUAUUUCAUCGUUAGAUAACACUAUUGAUGUUGGUGUGCAUUAAUAAAUGCAGGUACUUAGUACAUGUUGAUAGAGAUAUUCUCUGAGAAUUUGACCUUAGCCUAUUAAGUAAAUAAAGGUUAAUUUUAAUUAAUAACACUACUAAUAAUUUAAAAUAUUUUUGGAACCCCAGGCUUGAAGGUCUGUGGGACAACUUUAUAAAGUACAUGCAAAACAGUUUUAGAGUGUGCUCUAGUAUUCCCUUUGGCAGGAGGAGAGAAACAAUAUAAAGCUUACCAGGCUUAUUCACUUUCAAAGAUAUGGUUUAGCUCUGCUGGCAGACUUCUGUAUUUGAACCUGCAGGUCCAAGACAAACAAAGCUGCCAUUGAGUCAGCUAAGGCGUAGAGAGAAAGAAAUGCACGGGGCACUUGUGGCAACCUGCUGUGUACUCGAGACCUACACUGGGGGCACUGUUCUGUUCAGAAACAUCAGAAAAUUGCAUCAAAAUUGAAUGCCCUUAUCUUCAUCCCAGUUCUGUGACCAUGGAAAGCUGCUUGCGUACUGGACAAGAUGUUUUUAACAAUGAGCAAGUAAUGUGGAUGAAGCUACCUCAGUGCCCCAGCUUGUAUCAUAUGCAUUUGAGCAAUCCUCUCAAGGGUCCCCACUAGCAGCAACACAGCAGCAGCAGCACAAUUUCUGAGAACCUCCCAGCAGGUAGAUUAUCACAGAGCAUUUUGUUAAAUGCCCUGAAUUAAUGAGCACAUGUAGAGCUACAGUGUCUCACGCCACCCUGCCAAGUACUUGGACACUGUUGUUCCUAAGGAGUUAUACAUUUUCCCAUUAUAUUAGCACAUCCUUUCCUUAGCCAGGUUUUUCUUUGUAGCCCUCUGUUCUCUGCAGGAAAAGGGAGUCUGCACCCAUUUUUCAAGGCCAGUUGCCCCUGCAGGCUUUGUACUAUUGAAUAUCAUCUCCCAGAAGCUAUGCCAAAAGGAGUAAAUCCAAACUAUAUACUACAUACUAUCUUCAGUGGAAGUUCUACCUGCACUGGGGCUACAGGACCAGACCUUCAGUUACAGGACUUUUCCUUUGUCUUAAAAUACCCUAGCUUUUGUACAAGGAACUUCCUUAAAGUGUAAGUCUAAAAUCCUUACUUAUGAAGCCUAUCUAAAUCCCAUCAGUGCAACUCUUUUUAUGUAUCGUACAUUUUACUUUGCUUUGUCAAUGAUAAACUGCACUUCCAAAUAACAUUGGUGCAAUUAAUCUCGUUUCUUUUACUGCUCUGUCUUGUCCAUGGCACUUACAUAACAAAUAUAAAACUAAAGAAUAAAAGAAAAACUAAAGAUGUUCUUUAAAGUCUAACUACUGUAUGGUUUGUUACAAAACCAAACAUCGAGACUGUUUUCAAGAAAAGUUAGUUUCUCUUUUUCCAUUUCUUUUUUCUUUGCCAAACUAAUUUAAAGAUUAAUGCUAGAACUUUAAAAAUGCCAUAUUUAGCUUUUGCUAUAUUUAUUUGUUUUAAAGUAUGUAAUAAACUUGAUAUUUUUCUGUGGUCUGUCCAAAGAAGGUGCCAGAAAAGAAAUUAUAUGGAAAAAAGAGAAUGAUAUUAACCAAAUACUCUUGAAGCUAAUUUAAAAUAUUGAUCCAACCAAAGAUUUUUAUUAAUAAAGGGCUUAUAUUUUGCUAACUCUCGUUUCUGUUGUAUUUUGACUUGCAGGAAUGUCACUAUUUUUAAAAUUUAUAACUUAUACUAUUAUGGAGCCAAAUCCUGCCCAAUUUAUUCACAUGAUAAGCAUUAUGCCUGGUAGUAAGUUUUUACAAGAUCAGGCCUGUUAACUGCAAUAGAACUGUGAAUGUGAAUAAAUUAAGCAGAAUUUUGUCCAUAAAUCCUGUUGGAAAAGUAUUCUUCCUUUCAUUCCUUGGUAGCCCAGAAGUUCUACAAGAAAGCCAAAUAUGAACUACCUAUUCUGAAGACAAAUGUUAGGGGACUUCCUCUAAAGGAAUUUAAUCUGUAAAUAUCAAUCAAUCUAAUACUGACAUUCCUGUAAAUAGUAAAACUAUAUCCUGAACACACACGUAUCAGAACUUUUAUUUGCUGAAAUCGUGAAAUAGUAGCAGUUGCUUAUACUUUCUUUUGUACAGUAAAAUGUUUGAAAUGGAAUUUUGUAUAUAAAAACUGUAUUACUACUUAGAUAACGAUAAGACUCUUUCAUGGAAUCAUUUUUUAAGAAAAGUAAAUAUAUACUAAAUCAUC